AUGGCUGGGCUGGCCCAUGGUUCUAGGAGCGGAGGUGGGGGGGCGGGGGGAGGGGCGGGGGGGGGGGGCCGGGGGGCGGCGGGGGUGGCCGCCUGCAAGUGCGAGCUGGCGGUGCUAGGAGUGAAUUCUCCGGAGUUUUGGGAGGCAGUGGUGCCGUACAACCUGGCAUCGUACGGCCUGCCGCACCUGCAGCAGCAGGUGGCUGUAGUGUCGUACGAGGAUGGCCAACCGAGGCCGCGGUCGGCGCCUGCGACCGUCAUGCGGACUGAGGUUGUCACGUACCCCUCCGCGAUGCAACGCCUCCUUGGCAUGACGGUGGCAGUUGGCCUCAGUAAGGAACAAAUUGGUUCGGCGGUGGUGGACUCCAGGGGCAUCCUCCUGGGCCUUGUGUUUGCGCGUACGGCAAGCAGUAGCGGCGCUAACAAGAAUGCCCGUGGCAGCGGCGACGGAGGCGGCAGAGGCGGAGGCGGCGAGCGCUGGGGCCAUGGGCGGCGGCGGGUGGGGCGGCGGGCGAGCCGACGAGGUCAAACGGAGGCGUCUGCGACGGCGGUCCCGGCGGCCGUCGUGGCGCGCUUUCUGGAAGAUAUUCAGCGGCAUGGCAGCUACCAGGGCUUUCCCACUCUGGGUAUUCAGUGGAAGCGAACCGAGUCGGCUGCGCUGAGGCGCUUCACGGGCAUGUCAGCUGAGCAGACAGGUGUGGUCAUCACAUCCCUCAACCCCACGGCAGCCCUGGCCGCCCUCGCCCAGCCCCUGGACGUGCUGGCAGCCGUGGGGGGUGCGGCGGUGGGCAAUGACGGCACGGUGGAGUUCCGGAACGGUGCGGACAGCAUCCACAUCUCCUACCACGUCAGCCAGUUCAGGUACGCGGUGGUUUCGGGGCUGGUGCUGACGGUGCUGUCGGCGCCGUUUCUGGAGGGCGCAUUCGGUCGUAGCUGGGCGGUACGAGCUCCCGCACAGCUGCUGCGGGAGUGGCACAACCACCCUUCCAGGGCGGAUGAGCAGGUGGUGGUGGUGGCGGAAUGCCAGGACAUGGGGCCGGGCAGCGCCACUGACGGCUACGAGCGACGAGCCGUCAUGUACCAGAGAGUAGUCCGCUGCAACGGCACCCACGUCGUAAACAUGCGGCACCUGGUGACACUGCUAGCGGAUGCUAUGGUUGCGGCGGCCACGGGUGGCGGUGGCGGAGCCCGCCGCAUCAACGGCAGACGCCACGGCGGCGCCGCGGCCCUGCAAACUUCGGCAGCGGCGCCAACAGAGGUAGCCACUAACGCGAAUGACGAAGACAGCGAAGGCGGCAGGUUGGUCUCCGAGUUGUCGGACCCUGCCGUAGUCUCCGCGAUCACCGCAUACGACAAGGAUGAAUCGGAUGCGAACCAUAACGACGACGGUGGUGGUAAAGGCCCGCCGUACGACCCGGAGAACUUGGUUCUGGAGCUAUCUAACCGGAUGGUCCUGGUGUUGCCGUUGCGGCGCGCCUUGGAGGACACUCGUGCGAUGCUGGAGGAGUUUGAGCCCCGGGCCUAUUCAUUCGCCAUUUCCACCCGAGCAAAGCCCCUACCAAGUGCGGCCAUCUUGGCAGCCCUCAAUUACCCAAGGACUCUCGCAAACUCCGGUUGGGAGCCCAGAGGGGAGGAGCAACGCCCGCAUUUGGCUGGCGCUGGCCUUCGCGAGCAGGCGACAGUCACAACCACGGAGGCCGAACAUAAGGACAGUGCGCCCCGAUUAGCAGCUGCGCCACGGGAGUGCUGCCGUGUGCGCACUGCGGAUAGAUUUACAUGUUGCACUACGUGCCAUGCGCAUGGCGAGGAUGCCCUGCGCCCUUCCCUCGGAGCCUGCCCCAGACCAGCAACUCCUCCCAGGUCCCCGUUUCCUGACAGAUAG